CCUAACGGUUUAUUUUAGCUCCGGUAUUUUUCCUGCUCGCUUUACAUUUUCACACCCGAUGUAGCUUAAAACACACAUUUUUUUUGUUUUUUGUUUUACCCUAGCUCAUCUUUUAACAUCAGCUGGAUAUAAAUCGGAUAAUAAUAUUUUCCGCUCCUUCAUGCCGCUUCCCCCGCUGCCUUUUACUGCAUUUUAGAUGUAUUUGGUGUCCCUUGUUUCCUCCAGUAACCCAUGUCUGUGUGCAUCCCGCCUCCCUGCGCUCUCAAUAGAUGGUGCAAGUCAAAAUGUCCAAGUCGCCCGUAGACCCUCUGUCUGCUGUGGAAACAGGCUCUCAAUCGCACUAUUUUCAGCUGCCCAGGAAGUUGCCUAAACGCAAGAGCCGCUUCAAACGCUCAGAUGGCAGCACGUCUUCUGAUACAACAUCCAGCUUCAUCAAACGGCAGGGGUCGGCUGAUUCGUACACCAGUAGACCGUCGGAUUCAGACCUGUCAGCAGAGGAGGACCGCGAGGCGUAUCGGCGUGAAGCCGAGCGCCAGGCACAACUGCAGCUCGACAGAGCUAAGUCCAAACCUGUAGCGUUUGCAGUAAAGACGAAUGUGAGUUACUGCGGAGCUCUGGAUGAGGACUGUCCUGUCCAAGGAGCUGCAGUCAAUUUCGAUGCCAAAGACUUCCUGCACAUCAAAGAAAAGUAUAACAAUGACUGGUGGAUCGGCCGGUUAGUAAAAGAAGGUGCAGACAUCACCUUCAUCCCCAGCCCUCUACGACUGGAGGCCAUGAGACUCAAACAGGAGCAGAAACAAAGGAAAACAGGAGGGAACUCCUCCAGUUUAGGAGACAUGGUGACUGGGAGUUGGAGGACCACACCGCCAUCUGCAGGUGAAUCCAAACAGAAGCAGAAACAGGAACAUGUCCCUCCCUACGACGUGGUGCCCUCUAUGAGGCCGGUGGUCCUCGUGGGACCAUCGUUGAAGGGCUAUGAGGUGACGGAUAUGAUGCAGAAAGCUCUUUUCGACUUCCUGAAACACAGAUUUGAGGGAAGAAUCUCAAUCACACGUGUAACUGCCGACCUGUCUUUAGCCAAGAGAUCUGUCCUCAACAAAAGACCCAUCAUGGAGAGAUCCAACACGCGCUCCAGCCUAGCGGAGGUUCAGAGUGAGAUUGAGAGGAUAUUUGAACUCGCCAAAACGCUGCAGCUGGUGGUUCUGGACGCCGACACCAUCAACCAUCCCGCACAGCUCGCCAAAACUUCCCUCGCACCCAUCAUCGUCUACGUGAAGGUUUCCUCACCAAAGGUGCUGCAGAGGCUCGUCAAAUCCAGGGGGAAGUCUCAGAGCAAGCACCUGAAUGUGCAGAUGAUGGCUGCAGACAAACUCUCUCAGUGCCCCCCUGAUAUGUUUGAUGUCAUUUUGGAUGAGAACCAGCUUGAAGAUGCAUGUGAGCAUCUGGCUGAAUACCUGGAGGUCUACUGGCGUGCCACUCACCUCCCAGGAAACACCCCUCUUAACCCGUUAUUGGAGCAGAGUCUGAUGACCCCGCCUUCCGCCAUCUCCAGCCUCCAGAACCAGAACAAGAACCAGCCGCAGCCUCGUGAGGCGGGGGGACUGGAGGGUGAGGAGGAGGAGGAGGCAGGAGAGGAGGCCCACUCCCCCCUGGAGCAGGACAGUCUUAUGCCGUCUGACGAGGCCAGCGACUCCCUGUCUCGCGGCCGGAGGGGGAGCCCGUGCCACAGGGGGGGCGAGGAGGACGAAGAGGAGGAGGAGGAAGAAGAGGAGGAGGAAGAGGAGGAGGAGGAUGAGUACGCCUCCCCCUGCCAUGCUCGCACAUACAGGGACAUGUACCCCCCUCACCGUGGGCACACCGGCAGUGCCCACAGUGCCAACGGGCACGAGUCGCAGGACAGGCUGCUCCAACGCGAAGCUCAGCAAGGCCACAACCAGAGGAACAACCGCCAGCGCAGCCGCCCCUGGCCCCGAGACACCUACUGAGGAACAAGCCCCUCCCACCCCCACCGGCCUCCAGAUCAGCACCAAGCCCUCCGACUGUCCCAAACAAACAAUUUAGAGAUGAAAAAUGUGCCCCAAAAUCAGAUGCCCAAUAUAUUAAGUAGACAACUUUCGGUCUGUUUUUAAAGUCGCUCUCUUCCAGACUCCCAGUUUUAAUUUGAGUUUCGGGGACGCACUGACCUCUCCGGGGUCACGUCGUUCAGAUUAAAGUCAACAGGGCUACUCACCUCUGCAAUGGAAAGGUUUCAGGCUACCAGCUGUACGCAAACUCAAACUUUAGCUGCUUUGCCUAAGGUUUCUCUAUUGUAGGAUGUCUCAUAUACUGGCCUUAAAAUUCCUAAGACUUUUAACUAUCUUUACUAUUGCAUGUAUGAGUAUAAUUAUUUUACGACUAUUUGCACAUUGACGUCAGAACAGGAACUGAAUGAUCUUUACGGAUAAACUAUGUAGGAAUGUCUACCGUUGAAUCCACUUAUGGGGAAUAGUAAUGCAUUUGAUAACAAUGUAUAUACUGAAUGGGCACCUGGUUUUGUUUCAUUGCUACUAUAUUUGUUUGAUUUCGUUAAUUAUGGACUAGUUUGUUGUUUCGGAGAAAUGUCGCCACCCAUGUGUUCAGUCAGUUUUUACUCUGAAGACGGUGAAUGGAGACACACACACACACACACAGAGUCAGUCAGACUGAGUCUCUGAGCAGUUACAGUGACUACGUUUACAUGCACUAAAUUUUUUGCCCUUAUUUAAAAAAAGACAAUAUUCCUACUAAGAUGUUUACAUGCAUACUCAGAAUAACGUGCCCAAACAUGCCGUUUAUCCCGUCAAAAUUAGUUAAAGUGGAAUGGCUGAUGCAUGUGCCAGGAUUUUUUGCAGCCAAAUGUGAAGCAGUCUGGAUGAGAGUCAGCACCUCCAAGUCUGAGGCCACGAUUCUCGUUGGAAACUGUUGGAUUGCCCCCUUUGGGUUGGGAGAAAGUUACUGCCCGGGGUUUUGUUCAUGAGUGAGGAUGGAGCGUGAGGUGGACAGGUGGUUUGGCGUGGCGUCAGCAGUGAUGUGGGCGCUAUGCCAGGCUGUCGAGGUAAACAGGGAGCUGAGCCAGGAAGCAAAGCUCUCGAUUUACAGAUCCAUCCACAUUGUGACCCUCACCGAUGGUCAGGAGCUCUGGGUAGUGACCGAAAGAACGAGAUCACGGAUACAAGCAGCCGAAGUGAGUUUCCUCUGGAGGCUGGCUGGGCUCAGCCUUAAAGAUAGGGGGAUAAGCUUAGACAUCCAGAGGAGCUCACAGUAGAGCCGCUGCUCCUUCACGUCAAAAGGAGCCACUUGAAGUGGUCCGGGCAUCUGAUCAGAUGCCUCUUAGGUGCCUCCUGUUAGAGGUGAUCUGGGCACGUCCAUCUGGUAGGAGGCCCUGGGGCAGACCCAGAACACGCUGGAGGGAUUAUAUAUCUCAUCUGGCCUGGGAACGCCUCUUAGUCCACCAGGAGCUGGAAAGCUUUACUGGUGAGAGGGAUAUCUGGAGUGCUGCUCAGCCUGCUGCCCCUGUGACCCGACCCAGACACAAAUGUAUGGAUGUAUACACGUCCAAAAAAUGCUCCUGAAACCUGAUCAAUAACGGCAUAUCCCACGUCUUAAUCAGAAAAUACUACAUACAGAAAAAAGACAAAUUCCAAAAAUCCAAACAGAAUAUGCUGUAUGCUGGUUUCAUCCCGAUACAAUAUUAUAUCUCGAUUCUUUGAACAACAAUACGAUAUUUGCUGAUAUCACAAAGUCUGCCAUGAUACGAUUUCAAUUCGAUUCAGGGGCCUUCGAUCGAUAAGAAACAAUAUCAUCUGCCCGUUUAACACAAUCUCUUACAGAAGAAGCUGCCACCGCUUUCUCUUUUGCUUUUGGCCAUAAAAGAUUAAAACGACACAUAAAUAAUAAAUAAUUUUAACGGGAGUAAAGUUAACUUUAAAUUGACACCACUAACACACAUCAGACAGCAGAUGGGAUAAAAUAACUCUCAUGCACUUUUUUUAGCUUAACAUUGUUGAAACAGAGCAGCUAAUGUUGCUGCUAGAAGUUAGCAGAGUGAGAUGCCGUCAUGAAGUCUGUAACGUCAUCGUUUACGCAUGAUGUGCUCUGUCUGUUGACCCUUAUUUUCUCUGAAAUCCAAAAUAUUUCCACAUUUCUGAUUUAUACCCUUGGCUCGAUGUUUACGCUUUGCAUCGAUCAAAUAGCACAUUGAAUCAAUAUAUCAAUCCAGAUCGAUGGAUCGUUACACCCCUAAUGUUUACAUGACCUGUAUCGAAGUCAGAAUACUGUCAUACUUAUAAUAUUACUGUGCAUGUAAACGUGGUCAGAUGAAGCGGUAUGAAGCUGCAGUACAGCGUCAGUGUCAUCUACAGUACAGUGCGUUCUGGGCAUCACCCGUCUUUGCUGUUGCACAAUCACUCUUAACACCUCUACAACAACAAAAAAAUCUUAAAAAACGGGCACAGAGAAUGUAAACACAACUAAGAAAAGGGAAUGUUAUCUUCUAAAGGGUGAAUUAUUUGCCAAACUUGCUUGUUUACAUCAAACCAUUCACAUAUUAUCAAGCACACGCUGCAACCUGCUGCAGCUCCUCUUCAAAUCUCCGGAGAAUGUAAAGCUUGCAUGCCUUUUUGCACCUCCAGCACCACCCGGUGUCUCCAAAAACCCAACCGAUCGCCCUGUAAUUCGAUUGUAGCACGUUAUUGAUUGUAGCAUCCACACACUUAUCUCACUCCCCCUCCUCCCCUUGUGUGUCUUUGCCACAUGUUGCGUUUCGUACUGCAGUUUAUCAAAGCAGAUCCUCAGGUGUAAAGUCCUACACACUCAUCGUCGCGCUCAAACUCGAAUGUGUCGUGCUCCUGAAGGACUCGUAGCACCCGUGACACGAUGUCAUUCUGUUCCUGCACCAUUAUUAGUCCAUGAGCCGAUAAAGUUGGACGUGAUGCUGAUGAGCAGCGACCCAAACAGAGGAGGGAGGGGGGGUCGACAACGUUAUUAACAGCCGGCUUUUGGAGUUACUGGUUUACUGCUUCCAUGUCUCACAGGUAUCUCUAUCUAGUGUUCUGUAUAUUUUGAAGACAAAAAAAAUCAGCAUGAUUUAAAAAAAAAAUCUAUGCAAGUGUUGCAUGAAAUCUGAUUGUUUCUUUUUACAGUUAAGUAUUUCAGUAAUGCAUUGAUUCUGAUUCUCCUCGUUGUCUUGUAGUGAUAGUCUUGUCUUUGGGGCUACUCACUCCUCACACCACUAACAACAUGAUUACUAAAAAAAAAAAAAAAAAAAAUCAGAAUGCAUCACUUUAUUUACCACAAACAUUACGAUUGGGGACAUUUUUUUCUUUCUUCUCCACAAUAUUGGGUGGACACUGGCACUUUUAAAAAGUCACUCACUUAAAAAUUGUCCCAGUCCCAGAUCAGGCUUACAAUUUUUAUUUUAAUUUGUGAUAAAAAUGAAUGAGUGAAUUAUUAUUAUUAAAGCCCUGCAUGUUUUAGUUCACCAAUUAGCUCUUUCCAUUAUAUUUUGGCAGAGUAUGUUUUUUCAAAGCGGACCAAUUCAGCAACUGAUAAAGCAGUUGAGGUUUUUCAAUUUAUGAAGCACAAUUUUUACAAAGGGUUAUAAUUUAGUCUCCUGUCUUAUUCUGUAUGCAAUACUAAGCCUAACAUUGAAAAACUUUAAACGCCUUAGACCAUCUGGACUUCCUCUUUUUUGUGUGAGUAGAUGAAAAAAAAAUUGCACUACUUUUUUUUGGGAUGGUUGCUUUGUAAUGCAAUAACUGCACUAAAUAUAACCGUGUAUCCACCAGACUACCACAGCGUGCUAGCGUGACCCAACACGCCUCUUCCCUCUAUUUAUCAAAAGAGACAGCAAAUGUGUAAAAAGUGAGACAUUUCCUGCCUGAUGCUGUAUAGAAUGCUUUCUAUUUGAAAAUAGAUUUACAAUGCUAAGUGAAAUAUGACUUAAAACAAAAUAAACAUGACAUUUUAUGUACUUUUAAUAGUUUGGGUCCUUUUUUGUUUGCUGCCUGUACAAUAUAAGUUUUUAUUUAUUUAUUAACUUUUUAUCGUUUAAUUAUCAGAUCGGUUCAUGUACUGAUGAAUUUUCUUCUUCAAAUGAAAAAUUAAAUGAACAGGUGUCAUCCAGCGGUACAUCAGAAUAACAAAUUAUAUAACGACAAAUAAAGAUAGAUAAUGACCGAAGUUACAGUACAGGUUUAAAUCUUUUAAAAGUUACAUUUUGACUGCCUGCUAUUUUAUAUAUUCAAUAAGUGUUUCCUCUAUCAUAAUUUUAACCUCACUGUACAGCAGUAAAGGGCUAAGAAAAAAAAACCCAAGUACAUAUAUUACCAUGUGUUACUACUUGUAUUGUAUUUUGUAAUUUUAUUUAUUUAUGGGUUUUUUUUUUUACAUAUUUAAAUCUAUUCUUCAGCAGUGCCACUUUUAUACAGACAUUUACAUUACCUAAGGUGAAUUUAUAGGCUCUAAUAACUUUGGUUCAAAUCUUUAAUGUUUCUAUAGUUUUUUCAAAAUAACCAAAAGCAAAACUCAAAGUUAUGGCUCAGAAAAAAACAUUAUUCCUUAAGAGUUUCCACUCAAAAACUCGUCUAAUCUACUUUUCCAGGACCGUGUGGGCGUGUUUUGAUCAGAUUUUAUUGACUUAAUGUCACAUUUUGAUUCACAAUUGUUGCUGAACUAAUCAGUGAGUAGAAAUACGCGACAUCACAAUUUUACAAAUGAGCCCUGUCAAAACCUGUGACUAACGCCGUCUUCAAAAGGAACCUGUGGUCGCGACAAUUUUGUACACAGUAUGUUUCUAGGCAACAGCAACAUGGACGCUACUGUCGGUGCCCAGAAACCACAGAGGGCACAAUUCAGCAAGCUAGCAAACACGUAACGCACAUAAAAUGUAAAGGACUAAUGACAGAGGAAAAAAUGAGACUGUUGGGAAAAGUCUAAAAAGCAAAAUUACAUUAUAAUAACUCAACGUCCAUCAUAAUGGAAUUUCAUGGCCUCUGUCGUUUCUGAAAGCAGCAGACACUUCAUAACUUGUUAACUUGAAACUUUCAGAAAAUUUCCACUUACACGGUCGUGAAUACGAGAAAAGCAGGGCCUUCAGACGGACUCUUCUCAUAACUCGAUAAACACGACACCAUUUGAAGGCAGCAGACACAUCUGAAACAUUUUUGCAGAACAUUAAUGUACGACCUCAUCGUCUAAAGUCAGACAGUGAGAAAAAUACGUUUUCACGGCCUUUAAACACAGAGAUGAUGAUUGGCUGCUGCUGUGUAUGAAGUGUCGAGAUAAUCUGAACAUGUGCUGCAGCAUGGAGUAAUGUGGAUUUUGGACUGAAAUCCUUUAUUAGUUAUAUGGCUCAUUCAUAUUUAAUUGUAAUUAUUCACUUGGC